GGCAGGCCUGCCCCGCCCGGCAACCCGCUAAGACAGCGCCCUACGCACCCGGAUCGCCUCAGGCUCCCCGGAUCGGCUUCGGCGGUCGCCAUGACCGCGGCUGUGUUCUUCGGUUGCGCCUUCAUCGCCUUCGGGCCCGCGCUCGCUCUCUACGUUUUCACCAUCGCCACCGACCCUUUGCGUGUCAUCUUCCUCAUCGCCGGGGCUUUCUUCUGGCUGGUAUCUCUCCUGCUUUCAUCUGUUUUUUGGUACCUAGUGAGAGUUAUUACUGACAACAGAGAAGGACCUGUACAGAAGUACUUGCUCAUCUUUGGAGUGUUGCUGUCUGUGUGUAUUCAAGAACUGUUCAGGCUUGCAUAUUAUAGACUGUUAAAAAGAGCCAGUGAGGGUUUGAAAAGCAUAAACCCUGAGGAGACAGCACCCUCAAUGCGACUUUUGGCCUAUGUUUCUGGCUUGGGCUUUGGAAUCAUGAGCGGAGUGUUUUCCUUUGUGAACACCCUGUCUGACUCCUUGGGGCCAGGCACGGUGGGCAUUCAUGGGGAUUCUCCACAGUUCUUCCUUAAUUCAGCGUUCAUGACGCUGGUUAUCAUACUGCUGCAUGUGUUCUGGGGCAUUGUGUUUUUUGAUGGCUGUGAGAAGAAAAAGUGGUAUGUCCUCCUUACAGUUCUCCUGACUCACCUGCUGGUGUCCACCCAGACCUUCCUAAAUCCUUAUUAUGGACUAAAUCUGGUAUCAGCAUAUAUAAUCAUGGUGCUCAUGGGCAUCUGGGCGUUUUUUGUUGCUGGAGGUAGCUGCCGAAGCCUGAAACUCUGCCUGCUCUGCCAAGACAAGGACUUUCUUCUUUACAACCAGCGCUCCAGAUAACCUCUGACAGUCGGCACCUCCAGACAGCAGCCGGUGCCUUUAGAGGAAGCACAACCAUGUUCUUCUCUAAAAAGACCCUUUGCUCCUGUAACUUGGAAGCAGUGGAACUGUCUAGCCUGGAACUGUCCCUGUGCUUUCAUGCAGUGGCCUCUAGAAGAGCUGCAGCAUGGCCUGCAACCUGGCUGCACAUUUCAGCCACUUGGGGAAAUGAAGACUCAUGCUUCUGGACUUCCCUCCAGAUUUGAUUAUCCUGGAUGUGCAGUGCAGCUGAGAAUCACUGGGGUCCACUGGGAAGUUCUGAGAACACCAAAGGAGAAUGAGGGCUGGUACUUAACUGUCUCCUAAGCCAACUUCUGCUGAGCAAGUAAAUCUUUGAAUUAGUAA